AUCCUAUAAACUGAAGGCGCCGCGAGGAGAGCGGUGCAAGCGCCUCGCGGACCAACUGGGAUCUCAAGGGGGAUGGCAGCGAUGCUGUGGUGUUCCACGUCGCAGGGUCCGAUACGGUCUCCCGAGGCGACGCCGGCAGCCCAAUGUGGCCCCCUGAGGAACUGGGCGGGGGUGCGGACCGUGCGGUGCGCCUGCAAGGCAAUCUCCGGGCUGGAGGUGGCUGUUGCGGCAACCGCAGCGGCCGCCUCCGGCGAAAAAGGCGUCGGAGAGAAGGGGCUGGCUGAAAGGUUGAGGAUCGGGAGUCUGCUACCUGAUGGAUUGUCGUAUAAGGAGUGUUUCAUCAUAAGAUGCUACGAGGUGGGGAUCAACAAGACAGCUACAGUGGAGACCAUCGCCAACCUUCUCCAGGAAGUAGGAGGUAGCCAUGCACAAAGUCUCGGGUUCUCCACUGAUGGAUUUGCCACAACGCCUACUAUGAGAAAGCUUGGCCUAAUAUGGGUGACUUCUCGAAUGCACAUUGAAAUAUACAAGUAUCCUGCUUGGGGUGAGGUGAUUGAGAUAGAGACUUGGUGCCAAAGCGAUGGAAGAAUGGGAACAAGGCGGGAUUGGAUUCUCUGGGAUUUGGCUACUGGUGAAGUUAUCGGUAGAGCUACCAGCAAGUGGGUGAUGAUGAAUGAAAAAACCCGGAAGCUUCAACGAGUAAGUGAUGAAGUCAGGGAAGAAGUGUUUGUGCAUUGCCCAAGAACUCCCAGAUUAGCAUUUCCAGAGGAAAACAAUGGCAGUCUAAAGAAAAUUCCAAAACUGGAUGAUCCUGCUCAAUAUUCCCGGUUAGGGCUUGUGCCUAGGAGAGCUGAUUUGGACAUGAACCAACACGUAAACAACGUAACCUACAUCGGAUGGGUCCUUGAAAGCAUACCGCAAGAGAUCAUAGACACUCAUGAGCUGCAAACAAUCACUCUAGAUUAUCGCCGAGAAUGCCAACAUGACAAUAUUGUGGAUUCACUUAGUAGUCCAGAAGUUUCAGAGAAUGGUAGCACAAAUGGAGUUGUCUCCUCCAGUCCCUAUGUUCACGAUCAAGAACUGCAGCAGUUCUUGCACUUCUUGAGAUUGUCAGGAAGUGGUCUCGAAAUAAACAGAGGCUGUACGGUGUGGAGGAAGCUGGCUCGCUGAGGUUUUGGACUGUAUAUUCUGGCUCUCUGUUAACAAAUAAAGAAUAUGGUUGAGCUUGUUGAGUUGUCGUAGGUAUCAUAAUCACUCAUCAUUCAUCUUCAUCUGGUGUUCCUUUUAGAGGCUAUUGGAAUUUCUCCUCUUGUUGGAAGGACAUAGUGAUCAGUUUUUAUGGAGAGAACUAUAAGUUUGUCCUCUAUUUGCUCUAUAUCAAUGAAAUAACUUGGUGGUGAGAAAGAUCCUUGUUGU